AUGGACAAGAAUUUAGUUUUGCUUACAUUGGAAUACAGCUACUUAGUUAAUUCAUCCAAUACUACGUAUUUUCAAACAAAUAAUGGACUAUGGAAUCAUUACCAAGUAGGUGAAAAUAUAAUUUCUUCUAAUGUCCAAACUAAUCUUCGAGUAAUUGAUAAUUUGGGGUCAAUUGAAAAUGAAGUAAAAAAAAUCAAUCAAACAAGCGAGAAUUAUAUAAGUACAAUUAAACCACAGGUAAAUAAUCAAUUGAUCACAGUAUCUAUUAAUGGUACCAAGGAUUUUAUUAAUGACUCGAGAAUUAGAAUAUUACAAAGCUAUAACCAAGUUAAUUAUAAACAGAUUAAAUUGUCUACUAAUGAGUUUCGCAAGUUAGAUAAUGAUCCAUGUGAAUUCUUGGUUAUGUUAAAUAAAUUGAGUUUAGGAUAUAAUGUUGAAAUAUUAAUUGAUAAUAUAGAUACUGAGUUCAAGAAUGUGGAUAAAAAAAGCACAAACUAUUAUAUUUAUAUUUUGGGAAAGCAAGAUAAUAUAACCAUUACCGAGUCCCAAGUUAGAAUCCUUAUUGAUAACAUGUUAAACGGCUUCCAUAUAGAUUCUGUUGAUAUUGACUUGUCAUUAAUUCCUAUUAUAGGAGGUAUCGAAUUAUUUAAUUUCAGUCAAAUUGCCAAACAACUGGAUUCGAACAUUUAUAUCCCAGAUUUAUUGCCAGAAUUAUUUAAUUCUAAAAUUUUAGAUACUACCAAGAACCUAAAAAUUUGGAUCACAUCUAAAGAAAUCUAUCAGAUUUUAAUAACAAAAGACAUUUUGAAGAAUUUAAUCAACCGUAUAUUAGAGGAACAAAACACCCUCGUCAUAAAGGAAAUCGAUCUUACCAAAGUUAAAAUUGAUUUGAUCACUUUAUUUAAUCAAUCUAAUAUUCUAGGUAUAAUGUUCAAAUACGGUACUUUUAUUCAAGUGCCUUCUCUAGGAGAAGUUGAUAAUUAUAAGAUUAAAGUUCAGGGACAAUCAAUUGAAAGUAUCAAUGAAUCAAUACAUGAACUCACAUUGCUAAGCUCUGAUUAUUAUACUAUAAAUAUCAAUUUCCGUAACUAUUUUAACAAAGAACUUGAGUACUACCUUAUCAAUUUGAUGCAUUUGAAGAAAACUUGCAUAAUAACCUAUAACCAAAAUGGUAUUGAAAUUAAUGGUCUGAGUCAAGAAAUUAAACAAAUACUAAGCAAAUUGAAUGCAAAUUAUUACUUUUGGCAUAGCGUUUUGAAUAAUUUUACAAUCAAUCUCCGAAUUGAAAUCAAUAAUGACCAAAAGGACUUCAUAAGUGGUAAGAAAAAUGGUAAGAUAAUCAAGAUUUUGAACCAGUUAAAUAAUUUAGCAAUCAUUAAAUUUAAUCCGUUUAAUGAGUAUAACUUUUUUAUUGACUUGAAAUUAAUUAGCGAUAAUGACUUGGUAAUCAGUAACUUGAUGACCGGUAUCGAAUUGAUUGAAUUGGAAUUACCAGCUGAACUUAAAUUUAAUAUCCCUGAAGUAUUUCACAAGUCAAUUAUUGGUAAUGGUGGAUCGAUAAUUCAGUCCAUUAUGAAGAAAUAUAAUGUUUUCAUCAAAUUCUCGAGUAAUUUUAACUCAUCGCAAGAUAAGAUAUUCUAUUCGUUCAAGAGAUGCAACAAUGUGUUGAUCAAAUGUCCAAAGAAAAACUCGAAGAAUAUUAGCUUGGUCAAACAGGAAAUCGGCCAGCUUGUGAUGCAUUGUUGUUUGAAUAACAAACCAGUCACUAACGGAGGAACGAUAUAUAAUACCACUAAUUUUGAGUUGCGGAAAAGUCACUACGUGUUAAUGGUGAAUCAGAACUACAACUUGAAAUUCAUAAACAACUUGGAGAUUGAAACUAAUACAUAUAUCAACUUCCCAGACUCGAUUGAAGAGUUUGGUAAUGCCGAUAAAUUAAUCAUUCCUAUCAAGGGUUCUGAUACCAAGUCCAUCCUCUGUGCUCAGAAGUUGUGUCAAUUUUUACCACAAAACUAUCAAUUCAGAAUCACCUACUGCCCGGGUAGAUUCGACAAUGAAAUCAGCAGGUUUAAUAAAGAAUUUCAUGACAGAAUCAUCAUACCGUUUAAGGUAUUGCUCAAAAUCGAGGUCAGUGUGAAAACCGCCGAAAACUCACACCACGAGAUAAUGUUGAGCUAUUUUGCACCCAGUGAUGUAUCGGUGGCGAUUAACAACUUGACAUUAUACUUGAGAGAGAAAAACUUCUUGAUUUUAGAUAAGCUGUACUUGCAACUAAACCCUAUCAUCGAAGUUUCUAAUCCGGUGGCCAACAAAUUAAAGCCCAUUACCAAUUAUGCAACCGGUGGAAAAUCUAAAAAAUAUCUCCAAAAUCAAAACCAAAACCCGCUUGCUCUCCCAAGAAUAGAUUAUGCUACUCCUUUACAAUCUAUUAACAAUUAUGUUCAUUAUAUAGGCUAG